AUGGCACGAAUCAAGAAAACCCCAGAUUCCUCUCGUUCAAGCUCCCCUUCUCAGAACGGGGCCCAAACCAAGACUCCGCCCAACAAGAAGACCACAGCUGUGGAAUCUCCUCCGAAAACCCAGGGAUCGCCCAAAUCUCCUCAACAGAAGGCUUCCUCUCCCAAGAGAGCCGGCUCUAAGCCUGCUCAAGCUAGUCGCCAGGCUUCUCCUGCUGUCAAAACCAGCCUCAAUACUCAGCUCGCCGCAAGUCCACCGCAAAACAAAGGGGGCAAGUCUGCUACCGGGUCGAAGAAAGCUAGUAGCCCAGCCAGGAAGAUUCAAGGGGGAGUUCCCAACGCCGAAAAGGGAAAUUUUACGUCAGGCUCCCAACAAGCCCCUAUUGCUGACAAAAUCGUCACUUCACCGAAAAAGAAGCCGACAAGCCCCAAGCCUUCGAACCACAAGACCUCCUCGUCCAUCUCAGAAGAAGAGCUGGAUAGAGUCUUCCCAUCUGCGAAAAAAGACAGGGAAUCUGAAGCAGCUAACGUUGGUCGCGCCCUGUACGAGGCUUUUGACCAGAUUGGGAAAUCUUCUGGAGCCAAGGGCCUUGAAGCCAGCCGCUGGGCGGUCUCCUCCACCGAAUCCUCUCAUUCCUCGGGCGAAGAGAAAGAAACUGAAAACAAGCAACCUAAGAAACGCCGGCCAUCUCGCAAAAACAAGAAAAAGACCUCCUCAGCCAAUACUUCUGUCACCAACACCUCUACUAUGAAUAGCCCUCCUCGCCCUGAAACCAAGCGGCCUAUGGCUUCGGCUAUAUCUGUUGCCCCGAUCAUCGAUACGACUGAUACAAUAGCCGCUAAAAAGAAUGCUGCUCAUGUCGCCCAAGUUUUAUUCGACGCGUUUGACGGACUUGGCCAGACUUCUGCUCGAGUAGGCCUCGAAGCUAGUCGAUGGGCCAUCCCCGCCGAUACUAAAGCACCUCCUAAAGGCGAAAACAAAGCUGUGCACAAAACACCCAAUGUAAACGCGAGCACACAACCUACUAAGCGGGUGUUAGGACCAAAAGUUAUGGGCAUUGACAACACCUCAGCUUUCAUGGCUGCCCUCCAAGCACGCAACAAUCAGGUUUCCAAAGGGUCUGGUGCCCCGGCGACAGCAAAAGAAACUCAGGAAAAUGCAAAAUGCAUGACUGAUUCUGUUAACAAAGUUCAACCCAUGCAAUCCGCAACCACCCCUCCAAAGGUCCAGUCUACAAUGUCCCAACGACCCGAAAUCGCGGGAAAGGCCAAUGUUCCGGCGAGUAAAACUGCGUCUGGCACUCCUUCUCCAGCAUCAAAGGGUUCAGCUAAAGAGACCAACGAAGAUCGCGAACAUCUCGAAUUCUUUAGUAGCUGGGGCACACCAUCACCAAGAUCAAAACAACGUGCUGAAGUUCGCCGAAUUGUUUUGUCACCCAUUCCGGAUUUUCUCGCUUCGCCAAACAAGGUGCUAUCUCUCAUCCACGGUGGCCGUAUUGAAUCUGUGCAAUACUUCCCUCAGUCGAAAUCCGCCCAUGUUCUCUUUUGUGACCCGGCAGCUUGCAAGAAGUAUUACGAUUCCUAUCCGAACGGGAUCGAUGUGAACUUGAACGGCCGCAAGGCCACCGUUUUUGUCGACCUGUACAAGGACGUGGACAUCAUCAGCUCUCGUCUCCAAGAUUCUUUGGGCUUGGGGGCUACGCGUGUGGUGCGCGCUGUCGGUGCAGAUAUGGCUCUGAGUAUGAAAGAUAUGGUGGAGUUAGUUGAGGGACGGGGUUUCAAGUUGGAGAAUAUUAUCGACGUGUUUGAUGCAGGCAGCAAAGUUCGAACUGUCGUCUUCCGCCUCUGCUCCAUGGAGCAUGCGGUCCGCCUACGCUCUUUUCUCAUCCGUCAGGACGAAUGGGAGCAAUCAAAUGUGCAGUUUGGCGCUGACCCAUGCGAAGUUGCAAAGGGAAUUCAUUGGGGUUAA